AUGUCUUUCGAUGAUCAGAAAGGAAUGAGUCUUGCCUUCGAGCAGGCAAAGAAGAGUUACUCUGAAGGUGGAAUCCCAAUUGGUGGUGCACUAAUCCAUAAAGAUGGAACUGUUCUGGCCGUUGGUCACAACCAGAGAGUACAAAAGGGGUCUGCGACCCUUCACGGUGAAAUCGACACUUUUGAGAAGGCCGGUAGAUUGAGAGGAUCAGUUUAUGCCGACUGCACGGUGAGUGGAGUUGGGGACUUCGGGAUGGCUUCGGCCAAACCUCUUGCUUUUUUUACUAACAUUUAG